AGGCGCUUGUCGUCCCACGCAGUGCAGUCAGUGUUUAUUUGGUUUGAUUACAGUGGAUAAUGGAACAGGAAGGUUGUGUGGUGUUUGAGCUAGUCAUUUUAUAGCGUUUUGUCAAGAGCUCGUGCUAGUUCUGCGGGGAAGUGAAGACUCCUUGCGGCCAUCACCGGACCGCGGAGUUGGAGGAGCCACUAUCAAUUGCCAGCUGCAUUGUGCAGCAUCGGCAGAUGAUUAUGCUGAGCUGACUUACUACUAUGGUGAUAAUUAUGUACAAUAGUCACUCCAAGAAUACUCACCGCACCGCGCGCAUCAUGUUCGUGUGUGAUCUAUGUGCUGGCAAGGGAUAUCCCGAAGUGGUUGAAGAGUAUGCUACUGACUCGAGCACGACAGAGAAUCAGCACUGCUUCUAUCUGUUCGAGUGGGCCACCUCGAAUGUCUGUAACAAGGCUGCCGCCGGUCGACUCAUUGUCUGCAAGCCCACAGGCCUUGGAGCAGGCAGCAUCUUCUUGAUUGUGCUGCUGAGCGUGGGUGUUGCCUACGUUAUCCUCGGUUUUAUCUUCAACCGCUUUGUUCGUGGAGCUAAGGGCAAUGAGCAGUUUCCUAACUACUCGUUCUGGAUCACGUGUGGAGACCGCAUAUCUGACGGCUGCGAUGUCUUGUGUCGGAGUAAGCCACCUUCCAUUCAAAUGAAAUAUAUUCCAUCGGUUGGUCGUGGUGACCAUCAACUGGACCUAUCAGAAGAUGAGCUGGCGUAGUGCAAGCAGCUGUAUGAUGAUUCCCGUCUGUGUGCGUGUGUGCGUGUGUAUGUGUGUAUGUGCACGCUUGCCACCACUACCACCAUUAUCGGCAACAUAUCACCACUAUCGCUUCUGCUGUUACAACCUUGCUGCAUCGCCUGUGUUUCGCCCAGCGCCACAUUGCCUGCUAGCUUAGUGGCUAUGCUAUGUUGGUGUUUGUUGUGGUCUUGUGCAAGUGCUUCACCGCCACCGCCACCACCACCAUGGCUGUGUGUGUGUGCGUGUGUGCGUGUGUGUGUGUGUGUGUGUGCGUGCGUGGGUGUGUGUGUGUGUGUGUGUGUGUGUGUGUGUGUGUGUGUGUGUGUGUGUGUGUGUGUGUGUGUAUAUCCGCCAUGCAAUAGCUCACCAUCUGCCGAGUGGUGACGUUGCACCGCCUAGCAGCAGGAUCAGCAGCAGCACCACUGGGCCAGGUGAUGGUGAACACCAGCUCAAUGCUGAGCUUUCAGCGCUUGCCCCCCCCCCCCCCCCACUACUACCGGUAUCCACGCUAGUACUGCUGCUGCUGCCUUUGGUUUCAAUGGUUACUGUCGCCAUUGCUGCUGCUUCUGUUGCCGUUGAAGUUGUGAACGAUGUGAGCUUCAUCUUUUCUUCCUUUUUUUCUUUUUAAAUCAUGCACUAUUUAUAAAAAUGUGUUGAGUCAGUAAUGGUCACGCAUACACCGUACAAUUAUAAUAAUUCAUCCGUUUCCAAGAAGUAUACAAUACAAUUACGCCGGGCAAGACUUUGUCCCCCUUUCAAGUAUCCUGCACGCCUGCUCCAUCUCCCGCCGUUGAUUGGUUGCCCGCUCCUGUGAAGGUCUCUGUCAUAGUCUACACCCUGUGUAGUAUGAAGGGAGACACAUUACUAGAUGUCUGCUACUAGUCACUGCUAGCCACUGCUAGUGCUAGUCUGCUCACACUGCAUCCCGGUUGGGAGCAGGAGCAGGUGCAGCGUGUGAAUGUAUGUGACUUUUUUAAGUUUGCUUGACUUUACUUGGCGCAUUCGAACAGAAUUGCAGCACCCAGGCCUGCAGUCUGCUCGGAUCUUUUCCUCGUCUUUCCCGCUGCUUCUCUCGUUUAUUGGCCAAUUUUGUUUAGGAUACAAUGGCAUCACCCUGAUCCUCCCCCUGUCCGCUGGGUUGUGCCACGGCACAUUGCUGUACUGGUACAUUGCUGUACUGGCGCAUUGCUGUACUGGCACAUUGCUGUACUGGUACAUUGCUGUACUGGUACAUUGCUGUACUGGUACAUUGCUGUACUGGUACAUUGCUGUACUGGCACAUUGCUGUACUGGCACAUUGCUGUACUGGUACAUUGCUGUACUGGCACAUUGCUGUACUGGCACAUUGCUGUACUGGUACAUUGCUGUACUGGCACAUUGCUGUACUGGCGGGUACAUUGCUGUACUGGUACAUUGUUGUACUGGUACAUUGCUGUACUGAUACAUUGCUGUACUGGUACAUUGCUGUACUGGUACAUUGCUGUACUGGUACAUUGCUGUACUGGUACAUUGCUGUACUGGUACAAUGCUGUACUGGCACAUUGCUGUACUGGUACAUUGCUGUACUGGCACAUUGCUGUACUGGUACAUUGCUGUUCUGGCGGGUACAUUGCUGUACUGGUACAUUGCUGUACUGGUACAUUGCUGUACCGGUACAUUGCUGUACUGGUACAUUGCUGUACUGGUACAAUGCUGUACUGGUACAUUGCCGCACUGGUACAUUGCUGUACAUGCACUGUUACAUUGCUGUACUGGUUCGUUCUCUUCUUUUUCUCCUUUCUCUGACACCAGGCCAUGGAGGCAUCAUGUCGCCACUGUCACUGGUUUUCAGAUACAAUGUUCUCUUGGUAGUAUCCUAUACUCGGUACCCAGUACCCGGUACAUACAGGCAGCCAUGGCUCUUUGUCUUUUCCUUUGUUUUUGUUAGUUUUGAAGUGAAUACUUUAGAUUAUUAA